AUGACAUUAGAUAUUUCAAAGUUCAAUCCAAGACAAAUUCCACAUACCGAAGAAAGACAAACAUUGUUAGAAGCAAACAAGAGUGUUUAUGAACUGUUUAUAGAUGAGACUAACUUUGAGUGUUUAGAUGAAAGGUCAUUGUACGAUGAAUAUAAACAAUAUUGCCAAGAGUAUGGUUAUAUGACAGCGUCUAAACGAACAUUCUUGGCAAAUGUCAAAAAUCUUUUAGAUGUUCAGAACGGCGUAUAUACAAAGAAAAAUUUUUCUGAGUAA